AUACAUAAUCAUGAAUUAAAAAUUUCGAAAUUUCUUUAUGGAAAAAGUGAGUCAAACUCGAUAGAAACCCCUAUGGAGCCAAAGAUAACGCCCUUAAUUUUCCUUUAAAAUGAGGCUCUUGGAACUGAUAGAGUAGUUGACGGAAGAAGACGCAAUAAUGACAACAACUGUUGUUGUUUUAGGACCUACGCUCACUGAAUGCACCGAGCCGCAUCAGGUGUUUUGCCAAAAAUGCCAGUGCAAUCAAGUGACACGUACUGAGACACAACUUGGCGCCUGCUGGUGGGUUGUCUUUAUCAUUGGAUGCCUCUUGUUCUGGCCAAUCUGCUACUGGCUUUGCUGUGAUUCAUCCAAGGAUACGAUGCAUUAUUGCCCGUCAUGCGGAACUUUGUUGGAAAUUCGAAAGGGAGGAUGUUAACAUUUUUUAUUUCCCGUUUUUGCAAUAAACAAUUUAUUUUGGAG